GUUUAUGGUUAAAAAAUGAAGAUACAUAUAUAAAAGUUAGUGCAAAUAGGUAAAAAGUGGAAAUGGAAAUAUGAGAGAGGGAAGGGGUAGGAAAAGGGGAACAAAAGCACCUUGAAAUAGGGCCCAUAACAUGUCCUCUCAAAAGACCCCAAGAUGUGAUUUUCAUCUUUCUCCACUGCACUAACACAUUCUUUUCUUUCACCUCUUCUUCUUCAACCUCUCCUGUCUCAUAUUUCUCCUUCCACUCAUACCUAUUCCAAUUCUCACCAUGUCCACCCAAAUGCACAACCAAGCACCCUCAUCGUCAAGGGCUGUCGCCGCCGUCGCCUCUGAUCAGCGCCAUCAGCAGCAGGUCCCCGCCCCUCUCAGCCGCUACGAAUCGCAGAAGCGCCGAGACUGGAACACCUUUGGACAGUACCUCAAGAACCAGACACCGCCAGUUUCGCUUUCCCAGUGUAACUUCAACCACGUGCUCGAGUUCCUUCGCUACCUGGACCAGUUCGGAAAAACCAAGGUCCACCUCCACGGUUGCAUCUUCUUUGGGCAGCCCGAUCCGCCGGCGCCAUGCACCUGUCCUCUGAGACAGGCAUGGGGGAGUCUGGAUGCGCUCAUCGGACGGCUUCGGGCCGCCUACGAGGAGCACGGAGGGUCGCCGGAGACCAACCCCUUUGGCAGCGGAGCUAUUCGCGUGUACCUUCGUGAGGUGAAGGAGUGUCAAGCAAAGGCAAGAGGCAUCCCUUACACCAAGAAAAAGAAGAAGAAGAACCAACUCAAGGGCCCUCAUCACCCUCCCAAGUCCCUCAAGCAAUUGGCCACUUGAGAUCGAUAUCGAUGUGUUGCAUGCAGGGGCCUGACGAAGACUUACUCGAACUGGGGAUUUAAUACGCGAAAGUGAAAGAGCAUGUCCUAAAAGUAUCAUCAUUCUGCUGCUUCGACUAAAAAUUAUGACAGAAAAAUAUUGAAAUCCCAUUACUUAAUUAGUACGUAGUUCUGAACAUAAUAAUCCUUUUGGAGCAAGUUUGGUCUGAGUAGGUCUUAAAUAUAUAUGCAUAUAUAUAUGUUCUAUCUUGUAAGUUGUUAUCACAUAUUAGACCUCUUCCCCAAAAUAGAAACGUUGAGGAUCGAAUGGAUAGAUUUACAGAUGUUUACUAUUU